GGGCUCGAUUUGAAUCAUCACCCUAUUCCCUGUACGCUUCCUCUACGUGGUGUAUAAAUUAAUUCCUUUCUGCGACCUAUCUAGCGUACUUCAGUUACAGUGUGGCGUCUUUUAGGAUUCAGCCGCAAUCUAAAGCUGCAAUUUCGGGGAAAGCCCGUCCCGUAUCCUUUUUUUUUUUUUUUUUACCUGUCUGAAACCGGACAUAUACACAGCCUUAGAGCGAAACAGCAUCAUUUGGAGGAGAUAUCUUACAACCCAGAGUCCAGGAAUCCAGUCUUUUUUUUUUUUGGUAAAGAAUAAAAAGCCUACAGGUUCCGGCGAUGGACAGUGUCGGAGAGCAGUGUGAAAGGUCCAUAUGUGUGAACAAUCCUUAUUUGAAGUCCAUGAAAGAAGACAUACUGUACCAUCUCAACCUGGAUACAGUCAAUCAUGACCUGCCAGAACAGUUUGGGGAUGUUAAAUUUGUAUGCGUCGGGGGAAGUCCGUUGAGGAUGAAGUCUUUCAUUGAGUACAUUGCUAAAGAGCUGGGCAUAGCAGACCCAAAAGGAGAGUACCCAAACAUCUGUGAGGGAACAGAUCGCUAUGCCAUGUACAAAAUCGGACCAGUGCUGUCUGUUAGUCAUGGCAUGGGCGUUCCCUCAAUGUCAAUAAUGUUACACGAGCUUAUCAAACUCCUCUAUCAUGCCCGCUGCACUGACGUCACUAUCAUACGCAUUGGGACCUCGGGUGGAAUAGGUCUGCAGCCAGGGACAGUUGUGGUCACCAGACAGUCGGUGGAUACCAGAUUCCGGGCCCAAUUCAAGCAGAUGGUCCUGGGUAAGACAGUGGUGAGGAGGACAGAGCUGGAUGUCGAGCUGGCAGAGGAGCUGCUGCAGUGUGGGAAAGAGCUGGGAGAGUUUAAGACUGUCAUUGGGAAAACCAUGUGCACUUUGGACUUCUAUGAAGGUCAAGCUCGUAUGGACGGCGCUUUCUGUUCAUUCACCGAAGAGGAAAAACAGAAAUACCUGUCCGAGGCGCACGCAGCAGGAGUCUGCAACAUCGAGAUGGAAUCUUCCGUUUUUGCUGCCAUGUGCAAACUCAGUAAUAUACGAGCGGCUGUGGUGUGUGUCACCCUCUUGGACCGGAAGAAAGGAGACCAGAUGACCAGCUCUCAUGAGGUCCUGCACAACUACCAACAAAGACCUCAGACCCUCGUUGUCCAUCACAUCAAAAAGAAGCUUAAUGCCUUCAAGAGCACUUAGCUUUUUUUUUUUUUUUAAGCCAAAGCAAAGUUUUUGUAACACCCUGCCCUGGCUAUAUCCAUGGUAUUUUAUAUGAAUUAUGCAGAUCUGCCUUUGCUAAUAGUCACACCUGAACAUUGCGUAUGCAAACACUUUUAUAUAUCUAAAGAUUUUAUAGCACAUUCUCUUUGCUUGAUGCUGCCUGUUAAUUGUAAUAUUUUAUAGAACAAAACGCAGAGCUAUUAUAUAAAGAAUGAAUCAAUUUUUUGUUCUUUCAUAGUCAUAUCCCAAAAUGUAAAACCUCAAAUAGUCCACAGCAUUUCGGAAAAACACUCCAUGUGCCUCAAGCACAUUCCACAUGCUGGCCCCACACACCCAUACCCACAUUCUUUUAUUUCUUUUCAGUCCACUGACUCCAACUAUUGUGAUUGUAAAGGGCACGUGGCUGCAUAUUUUCUCUCAUGUCUCAUGCUUGGGUUUGUUGUCUGGGUCACUGCUUUAUGAGAGGCAUAGGGCGUGUCCAGUAACAAAGCCAUGGUGAAAUUUUCACUAGGUCUACUGGCGACCCCUGGUGGAUCUGAUUGAAAUCUUACAAUCUGUUCAACAAAAACUCCUGUUCAGUGUCAUGCUGAAUACGGAUCACACUCUGAGCUUCUCUGAAAUUAUGGACGUCACUGAUACAGCCUUUAGUGUCAGUAGUCUUAUAGUGAGUCUAACAGUCAAGUCUCACCAUCCAGGCAUAACAUUAUGACCACCUGCCUAAUAUUGUGUUGUUCCCCCUUUUGCUGCCAAAACAGCCCUGACCUGUCAUGCACUGUGUAUUCUGACACCUUUCUAUCAGAACUUUCUUAAUGCUAACUUCUUCAGCAAUUUGAGCAACAGUAGCUCGUCUGUUGGACCGGAUCACACGGGCCAGCCUUCACUCUCCACGUGCAUCAAUGAGCCUUGACCGCCCCUGACCCUGUCACCGGUUCAACACUGUUCUUUUCUUGGACCACUUUUGAUAGAUACUGACCACUGCAGACCGGGAACACCCCAUAAGAGCUGCAGUUUUGGAGAUGCUCUGAUCCAGUUGUCCAGCCAUCACAAUUUGGCCCUUGUCAAACUCGCUCAAAUCCUUACUCUUGUCCAUUUUUCCUGCUUCUAACACAUCAACUUUGAGGACAAAAUGUUCACUUGCUGCCUAAUAUAUCCCACCCACUAACAGGUGCCAUGAUGAGGAGAUCAUCAGUGUUAUUCACUUCACCUGUCAGUGCUCAUAAUGUUAUGCCUGCUUGUUGUAUAAUAUAGGACUCCAGUCCUAUGUUAGUUCAGAUGAAGGGCAGCUCAGGUUACUGUGUGCAGGGUGUGUGUGAUUCCUCCACAUCACUAGCUUCUUCAACCUACUGUCCUUUUAAGUGUGAAUGAGCGCAUGUGUGCAAAUGGUGGCCCAAGAAGGACUGGCAUCCCAACCUGAGGUGUGGUCUCCCAACUUGUCCCCAGUGUUCCGAGAAUACAUAUACAACAUUUAUCUUAUACUUAUCCUGAGCAAGUUACUUUAAUCUCAUUUAUACAACUGAGCAGUUCAGGGUUAGUUCCUUGUUCAAAGGCCCAGCAGUCGCAGCUUCCUGGGAUUCCUGGGAACACCUUAACCACUGAACUGGAUCCAUUGUUACCCUGAGCAGCAUUAAGCCAUGAAUGAAAAUAAAUGAAUUUAUUACACAGGUUCUCAACCCUGGUCCUGGAGCACUACUGUGUUUACCUGCUCCCAACACACCUGAUUCAAAUCAUACAACUAACCAUAUAACUCCUUCCUGAGUUGAAGUAGAGAUGUUAGAGCUUGAAAAACACUAAAAUGUGCCGGACAGUGGAGGGGCUUUCUCCAGGAAACCUGAUUUGUAGACUACAAAAAACAAACAAAUAACUCGGAAACCUUCUUUUUUCUUAGUGAUGGAAUCCAAACUUUUAAUAAUACAUCAAAACUUCACGAUACACAGAAAAAUCCUGGAGUCUUUCAGUAUCCUUGACUUGCUAAUGGACUUCUAUCAUACGGAUUCUCAACCCAGUCCUCAGUGCCUUGAACAUUUCUUCUCUAUCUCCGUGGUUGUGAGAGUGGCUUUCCAACCAAUCUGAAUACACAUUUAAAUCCACUUCCACAUUUCAGAGAAUCCCUGCUUGGACACACCCAGAGGUGGUGUUGGGUUUGAUAAUUAUCUGAUUCUAUCAGUGGUGUGUUUGAAGAGAGGACAAGAAAUAUCAACAAUGACCAAGAAGUAGAUUAACAUUAAGCUCUGAAUUGUGAAGAAAAAAUUCCGACAGAAGUGCAGAAUUUGCAUUUAACCUUUCUUUGUGUCUCUAGAAUGUUUUUCUCUUUUUCUUUUCAUUCAUAGCCCCUUGAGCAGCUCCAUUUGCUUCCUCUUGUCCUUUGCCCUGUUGAUGGCCAUCCUGAACAGACGGCAGUACAGCUCCACCGCAGCCGGAGUGUCAUCGUUGCCCGGCACUGGAUACGUGAUAAGGCUUGGGUCACAGUCUGAGUCGAUGAUACCCACUGUAGGAAUGUUGACCUUGGCGGCAUCGCGUACGCCGGUGUGUGUCUGAAAGACGCUGUUUUGUGUACAGAGAAAGACGAUAAGGUCAGGAAGACGCACUCCGGUGGUGUUGACAUUGGUAAGCACACCUCCCUGCCAGUAGCGUGCGUGAGCGUAUUCGCCACAUUGUUGCGCCGUAGAUUCAAUCAGGUGUGUGAACUGGCGCCGGCGGCUUACGAAGAGCACGAUGCCGCCACGGUAAGCCACAUGUGCUGUGAAGUUCAGAGCCUGCUGUAGGUGCGAUGCUGUCUGCUCCAGGUCAAUGAUGUCCAUGUCCAGGCGUGUGCCAAACAGAUAGGGCUCCAUCAAUCUUCAGAGAGAGACCGAUAGAAGGGGGAAUUUAAUACAGGACACACAGAGAGAUGGAAAGAGUGUGGAAGAGGCUGUACGUGCCUCAGCUAGCCGUAAGACUUAAAAACAACUACGUACAGAAUUGAAAUCGGAUUGAUGAAUGAUUAAAAAUAAUCGCAAUCCUUUUGCUCUACCUGUGCCUGCAACCUUUCUUGUGGCCAAGGUGGACUCGGGCCUCAAACAGGUCCUUUAUGGUAAAGAGCUCAGACACGCUGAAGAAGUCCGGCUGGGUCAGAGGAAAGUUCAUGAUCUUAUCGUUCACAUCUGUAAAGAAAAUCAGUCAUAUAAAUCAGUCUCUCCAGGAUUUUGUGGAUUUUUUUUUCGUGGCCAAAUAUGUUGGAUUUUGCUGUGGCUGUAUUUUUUUUCUUCCAAAUUUGAAAUGCAACUUGCACUAAAAGAUUUUUGUGCUUUUUGGAAGCAAAGAAUUCAAAGAUACUAUAUUUAUAUCAGAGCACUGAGUAUCAGCUAUUACUGAAUAUUUACCCGAUACUGAUUUCUUCUCGGUGCCACAAGCCAGAGUGAUUUAAGACAGUUUGCCUAUGGCAACAUUUGUGUUGGGCGUUUAACAUUUCACACAUUUCUGCCCUUUCUGAUGAACUUACUGUAACAGCAGCACUAAUGAUCACACACAGCUUUUUAAAAUGCACUUAUUCUACACAAUAUAUUCACAAGCAUCUGUUUGGAAGCUGCUCCACAUAAACUCUAGGGUAGCUUAAAAGGCAAAGGCUGUUAUAUAACACUGACAUAAUGAAUACUUAUUAAUAUGGUGAAGCUUUCUGUUACAAGGUGUUUACUUAACAUUUAUAUAAAGAGUCUUUGUAAUGAUCCAUCAGAAAAGAUUCUUUGAGACAGAGGGCUUUACUCUUUCUGUUUUUGUGGUAAAACGACAAACUGUGUUUUGUUUUGCCUUUUGUUUAAACAAGCAGGUGAAGGAACAGCUAUCACUGCAAUAAUGUAAAUGACAGCAGAAAGUAAAUAAAUGGUUAAGAGGCACUGCAUGUAAUUCAUUAAUAAAUGAAUUUUAUUAAUUAAUAAAAAAAAAACUAAUUGUUGCCAAAUGGCGUAUAAGUGGAAUAAAACGCUUCAGGACAUGCA